CCUUACCCCUCUCACCACCACAAAGCUACAAUGGAGCUCCUAAGGCUCCUAAGGCUCCUAGGGCUCCGUACUAGUAAUUUGCACAGACGGAUCCAUGUCGCCGGACGAUCUAGAGUUUUAGCUAGACCGUAGCUCACUGUAUGCAAGUACGGAGUAGGCCGGGCGAAAAACCUGGUUGGUACGGCGUAAGGGACGAGCGCCGCGGAAGACCGGGUUUGAAAUGUCAGGCGCUUCUUUGGCUUAUGCGCAGACUGUGGUACCGGUACCACAGGGCGGAGCAGACGCACCAGACCGCACCACUAAACGCGCGAGAGAAUGCUUCGGUUCGUGGUAGCGCUGCAGAUAGGAGAAUAGCGUCGAGCCUUCGGUCGCGCGGAACUCCGCCUGCCCCGUCUUCAUUCCCGUCGACUUGGAGUGCAUACAUACUAUGUAGAAUUCAUGCACAUCGACUUCUUUUAAUACUACCUAGCGUCUCAACUUGCAGGCUUCAAACGCGGGGAAGUUGGGGAAAGACGCCCUCGUGGACGAUCCCUUUGUUCCUCUUUCCAUUGUUCCAUUGUAUUAUUUCCUAUCCUUACCUGCAUGACGCAGACCUCGCAUAGUUCAUGUAAGUUAGUAGUUAGUUAAGGUAGUGUUGCUCACCAGUUGAAGGAACCUCUGCAGAGUCGAGGCAGAUUCUCUUAGCUCUAGACCCGGUGUAAUUUUUUCUUAUGAUCAUAUGAUUUUGUCUUAAUGGGGAGACAAAACCGACAAGGAUUUCUCUAGUGUACAGUGCGCAACAAAGUAAUGACAACACGAUGCUGUCAGUGUCAGCCCACAUCCUUUUAAGCGGGAGCGGGUUUUCCCCCUAAUGUUCAGUCCC